AUGAACUUACUCUUACUUCAAGCCAAGGCUAAGGAAUUUGCUAAUAAAUUUGAAAUUACCGGAUUUAAUGCAUCCGAUGGUUGGCUAGCUAAUUUUAAAAAAAGAAAUAUUAUUUCUUCUUAUCGACGUCGAGGAGAAGCUGGUAGUGUGCCUUUGGAAGAUGUUUUAAAAUUUCAUCUAGAACUUCAAGAUGUUCUUCGAAAUUAUGAGCCUAGAGAUAUAUUUAACUGUGAUGAAACAGCACUUUUUUGGCGACUUGAGCCAAGCAAGACACUUGCACAUGGACCA